AUGAAAAAUUUAAGUUAUUAUUUAAAUAGAUAUAAAAAAAUUUUAAAAUAUAAUAAAAAUAGAAUUAAAUUUAAAUAUAUUUUAUAUAAAAAAUAUAUAUUAAUUAUAAAAAAAUUUAGAUAUUUAAAUAUUAUUUAA